UACAAGCUUCUUUCACACCGGGCAAGGAAAUGAUUUGAUUCGAGUACUUCUCAAUUUUAGAGGGGAAAGAAAGACGGAAAAAAAGUGAUGCCACGGAGUAUAUCGAGGUCUCCGUCGUACUCGAGGAGGCGAUACUCUCGUUCUCGCUCACCCAUCACUCACCGCCACUCCGGCCGCCGCAGCAGCCGCCGUGACCGAUCUCGUUCUCCUCACAGCAGGAGAAGAAGUCAUUCUGCUACUCCACGAAGGCGAAGAAGUCGUUCACCAGCUCUGAGGCAUCGCAAAAGCCGGUCUCCAUCCCCAAGGCAUAAAAGGAGACAUAGAAGUCCGAGUUCUUCUUUGUCUUCGCCACCUAAAUCUCGUAGUUCCAGUCUCACGUCACUUGAGCGCAAGAAUGCAAAUGAGAAAUUGCGAAAGGAAGAAGAAGAAGAAAGGAAAAGACUACAGCACGAGGCGGAGCUAAAACAAUUAGAAGAAGAGACUGCAAGGAGAUUGGAGGAAGAAAUUCGAAAAAGGGUCGAAGAGAAGUUGGGUUCCGAAGAAGUUAAGCUAGAAAUAGAUUUACGAAUUAAAGGAGGUCAGAAGAAACUUUUUGAUGAUGUUGAAGCUCAACUAAAGAAAGAAAAGGAAGCUGCUCUGAUUGAGGCAAGGCAGAAAGAAGAGCAAGCUCGAAAGGAGAGAGAGGAGCUUGAUAAGAUGCUUGAAGAGAAUCGUCGAAGGGUAGAAGAGUCUCAGAGAAGAGAAGCUCUGGAAUUCCAGAGAAAAGAGGAAGAACGACUGCGAGAGUUGGAACUGAUGCAAAGACAAAAGGAAGAAGCACGAAGGAGAAGAAUUGAAGAAGAGGAAGAGCUAGCUAACCGGAUGGCUUCAUUAGUCAAGAAUAAGACUCGGUCGAAAUAGAUUGGUCUAUAGUGAUGCCUUGGCGAGGCUUCAAUUACAGCAAGGAUUCCCAGAAGCAUUUUGUUUGAUUAUUUGAAAUUAGGUAUGUAAUACUGACAGUUCCCUCAUUCAAAAAGAGUUUAUCACUCAUUUCUGUUCACAGUUGCCAAACAUGCUUUUAUAUCUGUUAUCUACCAUUAUCUCAUUGAGCUCUAAGCAUACUGUGAUGGAGAGUUAAAGUUGAAACAUGGAAAUGACUAGGAAAUUAAAAAGGUUCGACUGUUUUUUGACUCCUUAAUAGGUGUGUUUGAUAUGUUGAGCUGUAUAAAAUAUAUGAUUAAGAUGAAUGUAGUAUAUUUGUCUA